GAAAAGCCACGUUAAUGUUGCCAGUUGGCAGAGCGACACGUCAUUUCGGACUCCCAGCACGGAAGCGUGUGGUCCGCCAGUAUUGCUGCUGUCGUACUCGCCCAGUUUAACAACAUUUAACGUAGAAGUAGCAAGGACCUCAUCAAAAUGGGUGGCUUUUUCUCAAGUCUUUUCUCCGGCCUUUUCGGCACCCGGGAGAUGCGGAUCCUGAUUCUCGGACUGGAUGGGGCCGGCAAAACGACCAUUCUCUACCGCUUACAAGUUGGGGAGGUCGUCACAACCAUCCCAACCAUUGGUUUCAAUGUGGAGACCGUGACAUACAAGAAUCUGAAGUUCCAGGUUUGGGAUCUUGGUGGCCAGACCAGUAUCAGGCCGUACUGGCGGUGCUACUACUCGAACACGGACGCGGUCAUCUAUGUGGUGGACAGCAGCGACCGAGACCGCAUGGGCAUCUCCAAGUCGGAGCUGGUGGCCAUGCUGGAGGAGGAGGAGCUGAAGAAGGCCAUCCUGGUGGUCUUCGCCAACAAGCAGGACAUGGAGCAGGCCAUGACGCCCACCGAGGUGGCCAACUCGCUCGGCCUCCCCUGCCUCAAGGACAGGAAGUGGCAGAUCUUCAAGACGUCCGCCACCAAAGGCACUGGCCUGGACGAAGCCAUGGAAUGGCUGGUUGAGGCUCUGAAGAGUCGGCAGUAGGCACACAGACCCACCUGUCCCCACCUGUAAAUACUCCUGACCUUUGCUCUCCAGCAGAAAGACUCCUGAUUGGCUGUCCUCUAGACCAGUGACUGACUGUGCUCUUGCCUCAUUGUUUGAAGGCCACUCCCUCUAAUCUUGCCUGCCCCCCCCUCACACACUGGAGUGGCCUUUGUGUGUGUGUGUGGCAUCAGGAGCCAAACUACGAUUAAAAAUGGCAGCCUCCCCCCUCCCCCCUCCCCUCCCCUCCCCCCAUUUACACACACACCACACAGGAGUGGCCUUGGAGUGUGAGUGUGUGUUUGUUUGGGGCAUCAGGAUCCAAGCAUCCAGUAAAUCUGGCAGUCUGACCCAACCCACCCCCCUAAAUCCGCGGCACUGGGACCAGCCUCUGACGAGUUAAACGUUUGAUCAUAACACUGUAGGACAGAGCGGGAGGCCGUGCGACCCGAGGCAGGCUGUCCUCUCCUAUCCCCCUCGUCUAGCUGCCAUGCUGUGCCCGCCCCUCGCCCAGCCGCCCGAGAGUGAGACUCGAGGGGCUAGCGAUGGAUGGACUUGCGGUGACUCUGACCCUGCUGCUGUAGAUGUGUUACUCUCUCUCUCACGCUGAUUUGUCUCUCUCGGCUUUGUUUCUUCUCUUGUGCCGAUUCUUUUUCAUCUGAUCAAUAAACAGUCCCAAACCCCUCUCCGUUUUGAUUCCACUACAUCUUUUGUAACUAAACUGAUGAAAUUGGUUUAUUUUUUUUUUCUGUUUGUUAUACAAUCUUUAUUUUUGCUUGUUUCCGUUUUGUUUUUUUGGACUCCUAUAGAAAUGGAUGUGGCUGCUUUGGUAGCUAACUUUUGGUAUUUUAGAACUUGCAUAUUUAAGAGUAAUUGUCAUUUGUAUGCGAUGGAUUUGUAAUGGCAUAUUUAUAUGAGAGAAUGCUCCGUUGUUGCAUCAGUAUGAUUGGGGUUGUGUCCUCUCCAUAAUAAAGCAAUGGUGUUGACUUGG